AUGAAAGAUCCUGGGAGCUUUCAAAUCUCCUGCAUCAUAGGGGAUAUCAACAUUGAAAAAGCAUUAUGUGAUCUAGGAGCUAGCAUAAACCUCAUGUCCUUGGCCAUGAUGAAAAGGAUGAGGAUUGAAGAGGCCAAGCCAACAAGAAUGGCACUUCAAUUGGCUGAUAGAACAUUCAAGUUUCCUUAUGGGGUGGUAGAAGAUUUGUUAGUGAAAGUGGGGGAGUUUAUCUUUCCAGCUAAUUUUGUUGUGCUUGGUAUGGAGGAAGAGGCCAACACAUUAAUCAUCCUAGGAAGGCCAUUCCUAGCUACUGCUGGAGCUAUAAUUGAUGUUCAAAAAGGAGAGUUAUUCUUGAGAUUGCAUGAAGAGAAGAUGGUUUUCAAUGUCUUCAAAUCAAUGAGUUACCCAAGGAGUCCAUGCAUGGUGGACACAAUGGAAAAGAUAGUUCAAGGAGUUCUGGAGGAAGAAUAA